AUGAAAGUUCGACGGCUAACACCCACGUACAUGGAACAGUUUAACCCCUUAGAGGUGGAAUCCCUUCUGCUACCUAGUGGAUGGGGAGGCUUACGAAGGCAAACUAUAUUAGCUCAUGAUCUCUGUCAUCAUUGCGAACCUGGCCAAGCGGCGAGUAAGCCGCCAGGGCACCGAUCCCGCGAAUGCACAGCUGUUGUCGUCCAACAUGGACCGUAUCGUCGCGGGACCAGAUUUUCGGACCAGCCGGAAACAUUUGGAGAUCUGGUCUCGGUCGCCAGGCAUUUCUGCAUUCGGUUAGCAUGGAUUGACCGCUUCUGCAUUAUUCACGACUCUCGCGGCAACAGGAAGGUCGAGGCCCCUAUAAUGAAACGCAUCUACGCGAAGGCGGCCUGCAAUGUUGCCGUAUGGGCAUUGCAGCAUGGUGCGUAUCAGAUUUAUGCAGUGGUCUACACGGUCGGUUAG